AAGGGGGUUCCCUCGCCCUACUCUAAAUUGAAUAUAUAACAGGAUGUUCCUGAGCUGAAGCAUUCAGUUCCUCCUUUCCUGAUAUCCUAGCAAUAUGGCACUUAAGGUAAUUUUGUUCUUGGCUAUCACUGCAGCUGUCUCAGCGGAUUCCAUUCCUACCUAUCAGGCUCCUUCUCCAUCCUACAAUGCUCCGCGUCCAUCUUACAAUGCUCCUGCUCCUGCUCCAGCGGGUCCAGCCCAGUACAACUUCAACUACGCUGUGAAGGACGACUACUCAGGGAACGACUUCGGACACGAGGAAGGUCGCAAUGGAUACGACACCCAAGGCAGCUAUUACGUGCAGCUCCCCGACGGUCGACUCCAGAAGGUGGAUUAUGUCGUGAAGGGCGACUCCGGUUACUUGGCUCAAGUUAACUACCAGGGCGAGGCUCAGUAUCCCAAGUAUCAACCUUCUCAGGGAUACCAACCUGCACCAAAAGUAGGAUAUGCUUAAGGAUAUGACUGGAUUCCUGUGCAUCAAUGGAUAACUCUGAGACGCCAUUAUUAAAUAUGCUACAACUAUGGAGUGACUUGUUGCUUAUUUAUUAUGUAUAUAAUCGACUUACAAAUAAAAGUUAGUAAGGUA